AUGGCUUCAAGAGCUAGCGAAGCUGGCUCUCCUUUGAUCCCGUUUUCUGAAGUCAAAAAACAUGGUUUUGCUGGGGAUUGUUGGGUCAUUGUUGACGGCAAGGUGUAUGAUCUGUCAGUGUUCGAUCAUCCUGGCGGUUCAGACAUCAUUUUGAAAUAUGCAGGCAGCGAUGCGACUGCAGCAUUCAAUGAGAUACAUGCCCCGGGCAUUCUCAAGGCUCUUCGCCCAGACCAGCUCAGAGGCCCAGUAGAUCCCCACAGCAUACCCGUCCAAGAAGAAACCAAAGCAGUAGACCACAUCAGUCGAAAUGGCAAUACUCAUCAGUCCAACACAAGCUAUCCGAAGCCACCAUUACAGAGCAUCAUAUCUCUGCAUGACUUUGAAAAAGUCGCCCGGGAAACGUAUUCCGCCAAGACGAUGGCCUUCUACUCGUCCGCCGCUACCGAUUUGGUCUCACACCACGCCAACAUACAUUGCCAUAGACAGCUCCUCUUGCGGCCUCGGGUCUUGAGAAAUGUUCGGGAUGCGGUCACCAGGAGACAGAUCCUUGGCUGUGACUCCAGUGCGCCCUUCUUUGUCAGCCCUGCAGCUAUGGCAAAGCUGGCUCAUCCAGAUGGCGAGCUUGCGAUUGCACGAGGGUGUGGAGAACAGGGCAUCAUUCAAAUUAUAUCGACAAAUGCAUCUUACCCAUUAGAAGAUAUUGUCGCUUCUGGACAGCCGAACCAACCAUUCUUCCUUCAGCUGUAUGUCAACUCAGACCGACAAAAGACGGAGGCUCUGCUCCGAUCGGCAAAUCAGCUUGGUAUCAAAGCCAUCUUCGUCACCGUGGACGCCCCUGUACCUGGCAAACGGGAGGCAGAUGAGCGAAUAGCUGCCGAGAAUAUUGUGUCCGCCAUUAGUGGCGCUGUAGCAACCAACGACAAGAAAGGUGGCGGACUUGGUCGAGUGAUGGCAAAAUAUAUCGACUCGACGCUUGUUUGGGAGGAUUUGGCAUGGAUUCGAAAAGCGGCCGGAGGGAUCCCUAUCGUUCUCAAAGGAAUUCAGACGGCAGCAGAUGCACAGAAGGCUGUUGAUUUCGGUGUUGAUGGGAUCCUCUUGAGUAAUCACGGAGGGCGUUCCCUCGAUGCAACUCAACCUGCAAUGGUCACUCUUCUAGAACUGCACAAGGCCUGUCCCCAGGUUUUCCAUCAACUCGAGGUUUAUGUCGACGGUGGUUUCACACGAGGCGCCGACAUCCUCAAAGCCAUUGCACUCGGUGCCGUUGCCGUAGGAAUCGGUCGGGCCUGGUUGUAUGCAGUGAACUACGGCCAGGAUGGUAUCGAGCACAUGUGUGAAAUCUUGAAAGAUGAGCUUGUGACUUCGAUGAAACUCAGUGGGAUCACGGACUUGGAUCAGGCUCACCCCGGGAUGGUUAACACCAGUGCACUUGAACCGUUGAUACGAGCUUCCGACUCCCACCCUUGGAUACAAUGGACACCUAGGUCUCGAUUGUAG